AUGAAAGCACUCAAAGAAGCAGAGGAGAAGAAGAAAGUACUGGAGAAGAUAGCACAAAAUAAUGUUAGAUAUCGUAAAUACUCAAUAGGGGAGAUUGAAGCAGCAAUGGAGUACUUUUCAGAAUCUCGCAAAAUUGGAGAAGGUGGAUAUGGGCCAGUCUACAACCGUUACCUAGAUCAUACACAAGUUGCAGUUAAGAUUAUAGUUCUAAGCUGCAUUCGACAUCCCAACAUGGUUCUGCUCCUCGAAGCAUGCCCCAAGUGUGGCUGCCUAGUCUCUGAAUACAUGGCCAAUGGGAGCUUAGAUAAUUGUCUCUUCCGACGAGGAAACACUCCAGUGCUGACUUGGCAACUCAGGUUCAAAAUAGCUACAGAAAUCGGCACAGGACUCCUUUUCUUCCACCAGGACAAGCCAGAACCACUGGCACACAGAGACCUUAAACCGGGCAACAUUUUGCUUGACAGUAACUUUGUAAGCAAGAUCAGUGAUGUUGGCUUAGCUAGGCUUGUCCCUCCCUUAGUUGCUAACUCUGUUACACAAUAUCACAUGACAUCAACAACUAGAACUUUCUGUUACAUAGACCCUGAAUAUCAGCAAACUGGCAUGCUGUGUAUAAAGUUUGACAUUUACUCACUUCGAGUUAUGCUUCUUCAAAUAAUAACAGACAAGUCCCCAAAGGGUUUGACUCACCAUGUUGAGAGGGCCAUUGAGAGGAGGACUUUCACUAAAAUGCUCGACCCAAAAGUUCUUGACUAG